CUCCUCAGCAGCAUCGGUGGUCAACUGACUUCUGCAUGUGUGGAUCAUCUAUAACCAACUCUGUGACCAAGAUGGAGCCUGAGGCUCCUCUGCGCCACAUGCCGUCUCACCAACACAUCAUCUCUCCGGUCAAACGCCACUCCUGCCCCUCAAAUGGCUUCCCCAGUUCCCAGCCCCCCUCCAUCUCCUCCCCCUGCUGCUCUCCGCCGUCGGUCCGGACGGCCGCCAUCAUCGGCCCCGACCCGCUCGGCUGGAAGAUGCGUCCAAAGUCCAGCUCCGCCUCUCGGAGGGAUCAGUCUGCCAGACUGUCUCUGCAGCUUCCUCUUCCUGUCUCCAUCCCGGCCCUGAAACCUAGUCCUGCCCCAACGUCAAGCCCCUCCCACCAACCGGACCCAAUCCCUAAAAAUGUACCUACUCCGCGACCCAAAGCACAGCGUCGCCACCACUCCGAUUCCAAGGCCUUCCUCAGAUCUCUGGCGACCGCGCUGCCUGUGGUGACGCUGGACGACCUGUGCGCCGUGAAGCUUCGCUCGCUCCCUCAUUCAGAUUUGGGAUCUGACGGCGUCUUCAGUGAGGAGGAUGAAGACAAGAACCAUGAAGAAGAGGAAUUGGGCACACGGGGACACAAAAUACCUCCACCACCAGCCGUGGCAGAGAAAACGCCCACAGCCAGACGACUGGCACUUCUUAUCGCUCAGUCACGCCAACCUGUUAACCAAGAACAAACCAUAAGCAGUGUGACCAAUCUGACGCAUUCACAACGGGACGAGGAGCACAGGAGCCCGCGUGCUACAGAAAACGGCUUCAAUCUGGACAUCAGUGUCCACCGAGACAUGUCCACACUCAGCUUUCCAGGCUAACAAGCCAAGAUUCACCAGUCGCCAACAACUUCAGAAAAACUUCAAAAAUGUCUUCAUGUUUUUGAAUUUCUGCAUUUUUCUAUGAUGCUUUUCUGUUUCUCUCUUUUUUCUGAGUAUUAAAAAUAGUUUUCACUGUCAGCUAUUCUUUGUCACUUUUAUCACUUGGGAAAAGUCAGAAAAUUGUUAUUAUCUGUGAAUUAACAUGUGCGCCGUCACCAGCCCCUGG